AUGCAUACAUCUAUCUGUGUAUUUGUAGUUGAUUACUUUACUCUGUAUUUUGUGGAGGUCAUUCACCAUUUGCCCUUGGUUAUCAGGGAACAAAAUAAGACCUGGACUUUGAGUGUUGAUGCCUUCUUGAAGAUGAAAAGGUUAAGAUUGCUCAGAUUCUUCAAUGCCCCAAAUUCUUGUGAUAUUAAAUAUCUUAGCAACGAGUUAAGACUUUUGGAGUGGCAUGGGUAUCCUUUCAAAUUCUUCCCUUCAAGCUUCCAACCAGAAAAGCUUGUUGCACUUCUUCUGCCCUAUAGCUGCAUUCAAAAAUUAUGGAAGCCGGACAUGCUUUUGCAUAAGUUAAAAUUGGUCGACCUCAAAUGCUCUAGAAAUCUUGUGAAAACACCAGAUUUCGGAAUGGUCCCAAACCUUGAAAGUUUGGUUUUGGAAGGUACUGGAAUAGCAGAUUUUCAUCCAAGCAUCAGGCUUCUAAGGAGGCUUAAGCUUUUGAAUUUAAGAAACUGCAAAAGCCUUAGGAGUUUCCCAUCCAAAAUUGGAAGGGAAUCUCUUGAAACAUUAAUUCUUUCAGGUUGUUCAAAUAUAAAAUGGAUUCCAGAGGUUGUGGGAGAAAUGAAGUGUUCGAAAAAGCUUCAUUUAGAUGGGACUGAUAUUAACGAACUUCCCUCUUCAAUUGGACAUCUCAGGAGUCUUGUGUUGUUAAAUCUGAAAGAUUGUUGUAAGCUUGAGAAUCUCCCAAGCAGCAUAGGUGGUUGUGAAUUCCUCACAACUCUCGUUCUCUCUGGUUGCUCUAAGCUUGAAAAUUUGCCAGAGAAUUUGCAGCAAAUAAAAUCUUUGGAGAAACUUGACUUGAGUGGAAUUGCCAUAACAAGACCACCGUCCUUCAUUUUUCAUAUGAAAAAUCUGAAAUUUUUGUCUUUUCGAGGAUGCAAGGGACCACCAUCUAGGGUACGAGCAUAUUGGCCUUUUAUUUCGAGCGCAAAAAAAGGUCCUAGUUGGGACUGUAUGAGUUUGAGGCUACCUGCAAUUUUGUCAGGUUUGAGUACUUUAAAAGAGUUGGAUUUAAUUGAUUGCAACCUUGAUGAGGGGGUUAUUCCUAAUGAUAUUUGCAGCUUGUCCUCGUUGGAAAUUCUACAGCUUAGUGAUAACAAUUUCAUCACCCUACCUGCAACUCUUAGUCGACUUUCCCAGCUUACUGUUCUAACACUUGCUGAUUGUAAAAGGCUUAAGUCAUUGCCUGAGCUUCCAGCAGGCUUAGAAUUAUGGAUAGAUGGUUGUGCUUCAUUGGAAUUAGUUGCACCUUCAACAACAGCUUUCCCUUCAAGGGUUAAUGGGUACAUUUGUGCUGUUAACUGCUUCAAAUUGGCAGAGGAUAACAAUGCAGUAGCAAUGCUGAAGACACGUCUUAAGGUUAGUACCUUUAAUUUUUGCUGUUAUCGCUCCCAUUGAUUUAUGGUACUAGUUUCAGAAAAUGUGUCUCUUGUUUGCUGCUAGUAGCAAAUGCAAGAA